UUUAAUAGCAACUUUAAUUUUAAAUGCAAAAAAAAAGCUAUACAUUUUGUAGGAACUUUCCAAUUGAAUCGAGGUUGAAAAACUAUGGCGACAAGUCGACAACCAUUUGAAGUUAAGGAGAAAUUACCGGAGUAAAAAAAGGUUACCAUAAGAUAAAUACGUAGUAAGUAAUUUCUUCGUAUAAUCUUUUCACCGUACGUAUAUGCACAUACAUUUCUUCUUCUUCUUCUUCUUCGGCCACAUCCAUGAAGUCACAGUCGCAAAAAACCAUUGCUGCAAUGGCGUUGUUCUUUGUGGGUUUGUGUCUUGCCGGAAAAAUGAUGCCGGCUGCCGCCGACUGUUCUUCCGGUGAUAAUAAUGGCAAAGUGAUGACCCUGGAUUCGGUUCGCGAGAGCCUGGUGCGGCAAGAAGACACCAUCAUUUUGAGCCUCAUGGAGAGAGCCAAGCACCCAAUGAAUGCCCAGUUGUACGAUAAUAAAUCUACGCUGUUUAAACUUGACGGUUCGGGGUCUCUGUUCGAGUAUUUCGUCAAACAGAGCGAAAUUCUUCAAUCUAAGAUGGGAAGAUAUUUAUCUCUAGACGAACUUCCUUUCUUUCCCGAUGGUCUGUCCCAGCAAGCAUCGUUGGUCCCAGACAGGAAGUGUAUUCCGUUUUUGCAUCCAGCCGGCAAAUCCAUCAAUAAUAAUGGAGACAUUCUGGAAAAGUAUGUAAGUGAAGUUCUUCCCCUAUUUGUGAUGCCGGGUGAAGAUGAGAACUACACAACCACUGCUACCAGCGACCUACAAGUUUUGCAGGCACUCUCUAGAAGGAUUCAUGACGGAAAAUUUGUUGCCGAGGCCAAGUAUACUGAUGCUCCGCAAGAUUAUAAUGACUACAUUACUCGUAGGAACAAGGAUGAACUGAUGAGGCUAAUAACAGAUACAAAUGUUGAAAGGGGCGUCAUAAACCGAGUAGGGCUUAAGGCGGCAGAGUUGAGAAAGUGCACAAAUAACACCAUUGCUCCAAAAUUAAACGCUUCUGCUAUAUAUGAAAAUUUUGUGAUACCUCUGACCAAAGACGUUGAAGUGGAUUACCUUCUGCAGCGACUCAACACAACAAAAAAUUAAUUCUCUACGCGUGGAAAUUUUCUACGGAGUAGUUAUUACCAAUUAUAAGACAAUGUGUGGUUUAAUUUUUAUCAUCGAGUGUUACAUUCUCCCAAACUUAAAAUUUCUUCGGCACUGAACACUUUUAUUUUAUACAAUUUCG